ACACACUCAACUUACGCGCUGUGUUUAUCGCCAAGUCCGUGGCGCCUAGAGUACCUGAACCAACCAAUCACCUUCUGCUUCCACGCCUCGUUCGCCUUCCUCUUGCAUCGACGAAUCCCUCUAGCCGGGAGCUACGUUCUGUCGCCCUGCUUCUUGAGUCAGCUUUCGCCUGUCGGAUUGUCUCCUUCCAGUUGGGAAGAGUUCUUUCAGAAAGCAGACUCGCAGUUUUAGGUCAAUCGCGCAUGACACACCUUAGGCAUCUCUGCUGCAGAGUAGCUACCGGAUUACGUGCCAGAAUUCCUCCAGAUCCUGGAUUCGAACCCGCGACCUUCGGCCGUUUUCUGAGCAUUCCUGCCAAGGCCCCGAGUCACAGCCGUCGCGUAACGGUCAGAUUGGAGUCGUUUUUGGGCGGCGAGAGUGGCGGAGGGGCGAUCAUGGGGUUCCAGAAGAUCCCGGUGGAUAAUCCGAUCGUGGAAAUGGACGGAGAUGAAAUGGCGCGAGUCAUCUGGUCUAUGAUCAAAGAGAAACUGAUACACCCAUUUCUCGAUCUCAACGUCAAGUACUUCGACCUCGGCCUGCCCCAUCGUGAGGCCACAAACGACCAAGUCACGGUGGAGAGUGCUCAGGCAACGCUCAAGUACAAUGUGGCGGUCAAGUGUGCAACAAUCACCCCUGAUGAAGACAGGGUGCGGGAAUUCGGACUCAAAACCAUGUGGAAGAGCCCCAAUGGCACCAUACGCAACAUACUGAAUGGCACUGUAUUCCGGGAGCCAAUUCUCAUCCGCAACAUUCCCCGCCUCGUGCCAUCAUGGACCAAGCCGAUUGUGAUCGGUCGGCAUGCCUAUGGCGACCAGUACCGUGCCACAGAGAUGGCCAUUCCGGGACCUGGCAAACUGAAGCUGGUGUAUGAAACCCCUCAAGGCGCAACUCAAGUUCUGGACGUGUAUGAUUUCAAAGGACCCGCUGUCAGCAGCAGCAGCAGCAAUGGUUGUGAUGGUGGUGUGGCGCUUGCAAUGUACAAUACAGAUGCGUCCAUCCGAGCAUUCGCCGAGUCAUCCAUGGCCAUGGCGUACCAGAAGCGGUGGCCGCUCUAUCUGAGCACCAAGAACACGAUCCUCAAGACAUACGACGGCAGGUUCAAGGACAUAUUCCAGCAGGUGUAUGACUCAGAAUGGAGGCACAGGUUCGAGGCAGCGGGCGUGUGGUACGAGCACCGGCUGAUCGACGACAUGGUGGCGUACUGCCUCAAGAGCCCGGGGGGGUUCGUGUGGGCGUGCAAGAACUACGAUGGGGACGUGCAGAGCGACAUGCUGGCGCAAGGUUUCGGCUCUCUUGGGUUGAUGACCAGCAUUCUGGUGUGUCCGGAUGGGACGACGGUGGAGGCAGAGGCAGCGCACGGCACUGUUACGAGACAUUACCGCGUGCACCAGAAGGGCGGAGAGACCAGCACCAACAGUAUCGCCUCCAUCUUCGCCUGGUCGAAGGGGCUCGCUCACAGGGCCUCUCUGGACGGCAACAGCAGGCUCGCAUCGUUCUGUGGGGAGCUGGAGGCGGCGUGCGUUGAAACGGUGGAGAGCGGUGGAAUGACCCGAGACCUGGCCUCGCUGGUGCACGGAAGCAAUGUGUCGCGCCGUGACUACCUCAACACCGAGGAGUUCAUCGAUGCAGUUGCUGCCUGCCUCAGACAACGCCUGUCAAGCAGUGGGAAGGAGUGUGACGGGCGCAGCAGGAUGUAGCAUGGGACGCCUGUCAAGCAGUGGGAAGGAGUGUGGUGGGCGCAGCAGGAUGUAGCAUGGGAUGCAACUUUUAGAAUUAUAAAAAACCAUCCCUGGUUGGUUUAUAAUUCUAAAAGUGGGCGCAGCAGGACGCCUGUCAAGUUGGUUUUUUUAGAAUUAUAAAAAACCAACUUGCUACAGGACAAGCGAGUGGUUAUGAAUGCAAUGCAGUAAUUGUAGUGAGUCAGUGUCAUGGGCAAUGGUAGUUGAUUAUUGCUGUGCUUACCAGCUUUCUACGCCGAUCCACAAAUUGUUGGGAGCAAGAUGAAUGGAAGUACUCAGUUCAUUUGAAAGGCAAAAUUAUACAAGUUG